AUGUUAAGAUUUGUUCAACAAUCACAGGUACUCAAGGGCAGGGUUUCGAACCAAUUUGUGCAGGCAAGUGCCCGGCAUCCGUUCAACCAUCCUAUACGGUUCAACUCAACCGUGGCGAUGGAGCGGACGCCAUCGCAAGAGGCGUAUGCGGCUGCGCCGCCAGUGGCUGCAGCUGUGGAUAAAGUAAGGACGCUGCGCAAAAAUAUCAAGAUCAAUAAGCAACUUGGUGCUGCUCCAGACUCACCUUGGUUUCACAAGGUGUGUGCGUUCGAAGACUGCGUCGCUCAGACGCUGUACAUGUCGCAGACACCCAGAAAGCGUAACAACAACAACAACAAUAACAGGAACACUCGUCAGCCGAUGGCGGGCGGAAAUACCAAUCCACUGUUUUGGGACUCGAUCGGGCGCGCUAUGGGCCUUUAUCGUGAUCUUCUUGGCACUCCAGAACUCAACAGUGACCGUGUGUCCAAACUGGUACAUUUGCUACAUAACGGUCUGCGUGCCAACAGAAAUCAGCUUACACGAAUGAACAAGAAGCCAGAUUAUGAUUCCCAGUCUUUCCACAAGGAGAUGACCAAUUAUUUGUGCGAAUCUUUGCGUGAGAUUUCUCAAGACGUCCUUUCGGGUAAAGUGGAGCUGAACGAGUACGGUGCCAUGCAUCUGAUCACCGCUUUCAAAGAACUGCUUCUAUUCGAGGAAGCAGUCAAUAUUUGGCGCUCCGCCAUCAACGGUGCUAGUGAGUACACCUCAAACAUUUUCCUCAACCCUAGAGUUGUAGGUGUUGUUCUUCCAAUUCUGUACGAUAAUGGUGUUACUUACGCUGAAAUCCAGGAGCUGUACAACAAAUCUUCAGCCAUGAUAAACUAUUUCCAUCCUAACCUAUCAGUUGGUAUGAUCAGAGCUUCUCUGAGUGCAGGCGAGAACGAAAUGGCCUUGAGCCUUUUUCAAAAAUUGUGCGAAGAGUCCAGUGAAAUGAAGUAUGGAUAUUUGAUCGAGACUCAUCUUUCUUUUAUCGGCGAGUGUAAAGAUUUGGAAGUUGCUCAAGCUUUUUUCGAUAAAGCGCUCAACAAUGAAAUGCCAUACAAGAUUGAUUUGCAAGUCUCCUACGUCAAGUCCUUCUUGAGAAAUAUCUGGGCACACACCCGUAAUUUUGAGAAAGUCUAUGAUAUCUGGUACAAGUCGUCGGUUCACUAUGGCCGUGACGUCAACCACGGUAUCUCUUCAUCCCUCAACGAUACCUUUUUCGACAUUUUCUUCGAGCAUUUUUCGCACGACAAAACGUCAGGUCUUAAGCAAUUACAAGAAUUAAUUGGCAUCUACAACAACAUUAAGCCUAUCGAUGAACCUUUUUUCAACAUUAUACUUGCCAAGUGCACUGUUUGGCGCGAUCGUGAAAUUAUUGAAUCCAUUGACAAGGCAUACGAUCUUUAUCAUAUUCCUAAGACCAUUGUUGCUUAUCGUAUUCUUUUGAAGUCUAUGGGUUCAGUGGACGCUUCUAAUGAAGACAUUUUCAAGCGUUGGUGUGACUUGGUGACCAAAUCCGAUGAGAUUGGCCAAGCAUUUAUUGCAAAUGCUGAUUGGGCUGCUCUUCGUGAUGCCACCGUUACCUGGACCCAACUCUACAAAAAGGACGAUUUUUACAGCGAUGGUUACAAUGCCGCUAUGCAAGCUGCAAACGCUUCAGGCGCUUUUGACGAUAUUCCUCAGCAAACUCACCAACAACCCCAGGACCAAGAUAGAUUAGAGUUGUACUUGAAGAUCGUUAAGCGCUACUCCCCAUUUUGCCGCGAUUCUAGACAACUCUCGAGGUUAACUACUGGCACAGCUGUAAAAUACCCUGUUUUACAAGAGGCUUUAACCAAAUUCAAUACCCUGGAUGUAAGCAACGUCUACGUCCCUCAAUUUCACAACUUGAGACAAAAUUAG